AUGCGUCUCAAAGUGACAGUUGCAAAAGCCUUCGAGUUGCCUGCCAUGGACAAUAAUGGGUUAUCUGAUCCAUUUGUUGAAUUAUGGGUCGUCAACUCAAAAUUAAACAAGUAUCUAGAACCUCCUAAAAAUCAAUCCGAAAUUAAAAGAACAAAAACCAUCAUGAAAGAAUUGAAUCCUGUUUUUAAUGAAACAUUUGAAUUUGAUUUUCCAGUGAAUCGAGAACAAUUUAAAGCAUUGAAGAAUUCUUCAACAUCAACGACGUCGGUGAGUGAAGAGGAAGAUGUGGCUUCUGACGAUGAAGAUGAAAAUGAAUUUAAUAGUGAUCCUAUGGAUGCAUUGUUGAUGAUUAGAGUCAUGGAUUGGGAUAAAUUCACCAAGAAUGAUUUCAUUGGUUUUGUCAUGAUUCAAGUCUUUGGUCUCAACUUGAAACCCAAACAAAAACAAAAACGUAUCUAUCCUCUUGUUGGUUCUGAUCAAGGAAAAAUUGAAUUAAUUUUCGAAGCCAUUCCUUCUCCUGAGGAAGAACAAUUGGCUCAACAAAAUUCACAAUCCUUCUAUGAAAAACCAAUCACUCAUCUCUUUGAGAAUACAUUAAUGACUGUAGGACCAGUGGUUGGACUUGUGAAAUCCACCAGUGCAAGAAUUUUAGUAGAAUGUUCCACUCGAAUGCCAAAAGAAGAUCCAUUGCAAGUCGUUUGUUAUCCAAUUGCUCCGAGAAGUCACUUGGAAAAGAGAAGAGAUUAUUUAGAAAAGAGAUUUUUCCAUCUUCAUUUGAAUGACACUCGAUCUUCGUAUCACAAAAAUAUUCUCAAACAAUUGCACUAUUCUUCCUCAAGAAAAGAAUUAGAAAAGGUUCCAGAAUUUGAGAUUAUCAAAAAAGAUGUCAUUAUUCCACACGCAAACAUUCCCUAUGGAUUUACCAUUGAAGGUUUAAAACCAGAUUAUGUCUAUCGAGUUGAAUUUUUAAAUAUUUUGAAUCGAAGAAAUCGAUUUGCAAUUGUGAAAACCAUGGUCGAUGAUACCAUUGAAAAUAUUAGUGAAAAACCUCAUCAUUUGAAUGUCUCUGUUGUGAGUUGCAAUUUAAUUGAAAGACGUAUUCCAGAUCGAGAUAUUUGGGAACGAAUGUUGGAACGAGGAGAUGAAAUUGAUGUUUUACUUCAUGUUGGAGAUCAAAUUUAUUCGGAUUGUGGACAUAAUGCCUUUGAUGAAGCUUUGCGUAUUUGUGACGGAAGAACCAAAUUGACACCCAAUGAGGAAAAUGAAAUUAAGGAACUUUAUAGAAAGUACUAUCGAUUGAAUUGGAAUCAUCCUCCAACUCGAAAAAUGUUAGCACAAGUGAGCAAUUUGAUGAUUUUGGAUGAUCAUGAAAUUCGUGACGAUUGGGGAAGUGAUGCAUGUGAUCGUGACAAAAAUUCAGUUGAAUAUUAUAUUGGAACUCUUGCAAGACAAGUGUAUUGGGAGUAUCAACGACAAUUACGUGAUGAAGCUGAUGUUUACAAUCCCAACGUCGCUGCACAACUUUCUCAAAAACAUGAAGCCUAUUAUCAAAUUUAUGGAGAUUAUGGUAUUCUAUUCUUUGAUUUACGAGCUGCUCGAUCCUUUCUCCAUGAACAAGCAGGUGACAAGGUUUUCUUGACACAACCUCAAUGGGAUGAUUUGCAGCAAUGGCUCUUUAGUGGUGAGCUUGCAUCUUCAAAAAUUAAGGCAUUGAUUUGUGUAUGCUCUGUACCUUUGGUAUUCCUCACAAAGAAAAUGACAGACACUCUUCCAAAAAUCACGAGCAAACUAUCAGACAUGAGAGAUCAUUGGAGUUAUGGUAAAAAUUAUGAUGAACAAAUUGGAAUUUUAGAACUCAUCCGACAGUGGAAACAAUCACACCCCAACAGAGAAGCGUUAUUUGUUGGUGGUGAUGUGCAUAUUGGAGGAGUGACUGAGAUUCGUCACAACGAUGAAUUAAUAUUCAAACAGCUUACUAGCUCCUCGGUCUCGAAUAAUGAGUUUGAUUGGUGUACUGGUCUCUCUAUGGAAUUCAUGCUCAAAUUUAGUAGUGUAUUGAAAAAUGGAUGGUCGUUCAAACAUUUGAAGUGGACAAGAAAACGAAACUAUGGAUUGAUUCAUGUCGCCACUGGUGAUAGUCCAAAGCCUGUGAUGAAUCCAUAUAUUAACACUUAUUUGAAAUCAUACAUUUACUAUCAAUAA